CACGAGAAAGAUAUACUGACAUCAUUUGCACUGACGUUACUUACCCGAAUUCUUCAGUACAGAGAAGCCAGAAGUAGAUAAACGUUAUUUGAGGACACAUCUUUGCCGCACAAUUGAGAUGGAGGACCAGCAACAUGACUUUACAGUUCCAUACGUGCAUAUAAAUGAAGAUGAGAAUUCUUUUAAAAGCCGUCUAUUCCAGGUAAUGACGCGUUUUCUGACCUCCACCGUUGUGAGAGUAAUGGGUUACAUUGCCUAUGUAUUGUUUUUCAUCUGGCAAGUAAUCGGUUUGAUCUUGUACACAAUCCGUGCCUUUGAAGUAAGUCUCAAUUCCAAACGUGCAAGCUUCCAACUAGCAGACAUCACCUCAUUUAAUCGUUCUGAGGAACUGGAGCUCGCGUGGGUUAUGUCCCAGAUAUGCAACUGCGCCUUGGUACUCCUGGCUGUAUCAAGAGUACCUUCUUUCUUAGGGUGGUCUUUCAUUCCGAGGCUGCUAGUUCAGCUUCCAGCGUUUUGGAGUCUUCUGGCCUUGUUCUUGAUGACAGUUGUAGGCUACGGGAUGAUCCUUGUUCACAAAAAUGACGAGAUGAUGGAGAUCUGUCUGAUUUUAGCUCUAACGAUGGACAAUUGUGUUCAGGUAGUUUUGAUAAGCUUCCUAAACUUCACUCAAAUAAAUCGCUCCUACAGGCAAUAUCCUUUUACAGUAUUUGCCUUCCUCAAAAUUAAUAUAUUUCUUCUUUUUUUAUCGUAUUUUGCAACCUUUGUUGUCAGCUCACUCCAGAUUGCAAUUCGAGUCUAUGGCAUAGAGAAGAGUGAAUCAAUUUCUGAUGAUUGUUUUUGUGCAAUUGUUGCGGUAAGGAGAUUUACACAGGUGGUAUUCUCUUACAGAGUUUAUAUAUUUUACUGGGACAAAUUGUUUUCUGAUCACAGAAAUAUUCUUUGUCAUCACGACUAUUUGGAAGAGACUAUAAAAGAAAUUAGAACGAGAAAUCGGUCAAUUUAAGAGGCAAGUACGCUUUAAUUCUGCCAAUGUAUGUUUAAGGGAAUAAGAAAAAAAAAGUACCAUAAGUUCACAACUGUUGUAAAUUGUUUACUUGUCGAGUGGUCUCCAUUAAAUGAGUGAGAUUUCUGUCAGUUUGAAGCGUUUCCACAAUUUAGGAAUAUAGUCAAAUACUAACUAGGGGUAAAAUUACUUCAGCACUUUUCCAAAUUUAGAAUGUUUCAAAAGGGUCUCGAUGAGGUUAACCACUAGCCGCAAAAUGGCCCAAAAAAUUAACUUUUAGGCGUAAAAAUUGAAAAACUUUAACUGUUACAAGUCAAAAAGGAAACCAUUAAUUUUUUUACGUAUACUCACCAAGGAAGGAAGUUAACCGUUGAACGUAGAAUGGUUAAAAAUUUAAUCUUCGUGGCCGUAAAAGCCAUCACCCCAUUGACACCCUUUUCUAAUAAUUAAGUUGAGCGUUCCUAUAAUUACAAAUGAUAUGUUUGGAAAAAUUCUGGUCGACUGGGUUUUGAUCAUAAAAGUUCCAAUAAAUGUUUCUUUAGUUUAGCUCUGCUUACCUCAAUGCUGGUUCUCAAACAGGUCUGUUUAUAUGCAAUUUAACAUGCAAGUAUCGGAAGUAUCUAGAAUCAGCAAUAUUUUUUUAACCUUGAUAUUCUUGUGCCCAGUUAUCUAUGUGUUAAUGCACUAUUCUAAGAGUGCAUAAGAACUGAAGCCGUUGUAGAAACAAUAGCCGUAAUGUAUCAGAAGAAUAAAGUGUUCAUGUUAAGUUAUACUUAUAUAGAAUAAUUUCGUUAUU